AGCAUCAUGCCACGCUGUCGGACUGACUGCAUCGAGAAGCCGUUCUCCAGGCUCUUCGAGAAGCUUGGGCAUGUGGUGGGUUCUUCUCCUGUGUGGUUCAUCAUCAUUCCUCUUCUUUUGUCCCUUGCGUUUGGAGGAGGCCUGCUUUUUCUUGCCGAGCUUGAGGAUAAUGACAUCGAGAACCAGUUUACUCCCAUCAACGGAUCCUCGAAGGAAGCCAGGCUUUUUGUGAUGGAGAACUUCCCACAUAAUGACUCCAUGUUCUCAAGCCAAAGACUCUACGCCGAAGGGAAGUACGCUAUAACCAUCCUGUCGGCUCAAAAUGGAGGCGACAUUCUCACAAAGAGUCUAUUCCAAGAAGUUCUUCGUAUUAACCAAAAAGUGACCAGUCUUUCGGUCAAGUCUGGACAGACAGAGAUAGGGUUCCAGGAUCUGUGCACCACCACGGAUGGAAAGUGUGUCAGCAACAGCAUCAUAGACAUCACAGACAAUAACGCGGACCAAAUCGAGAAGAUGAAUCUAACUUUUCCCACGUACACUUUCAGAAACAGACCUCUCUUUCUCGGAUCUGAACUCGGUGGCGUGAAAACGUCUGGAAAUAGUGUUCAGAGUGUUCAAGCGGUCCGACUUUUCUAUUUUCUAAAAAACAUCUCCGGGUCUAACGACUGGCUGAAAGAAUUCCAUAAAACUCUUUAUGCUGAAUCCAACAACAAGAAUGUCAAGAUAUCUCACUUUACCUCACUGUCCAGACAAGAGGAGGUGCAGAAACACACUACAGACGGCCUCCCAUUUUUCUCCAUCACCUAUGUCCUUGCCAUCCUGUUUUCCAUUGUAUCGUGUAUGCGAUUGGAUAACGUGAGGAACAGGCUGUGGGUGGCGGUUAUAGGGGUUCUGUCCGCCGGAAUGGCCGUCAUCAGCAGUUUUGGCUUGUUGCUGUAUGCUGGAGUGCCGUUCGUCAUAACUGUGGCUAACUCGCCUUUCUUAAUUCUGGGCAUCGGUGUUGACGAUAUGUUCAUUAUGCUGGCCAACUGGCAGCAGACCAACGUCAAAGACAGCGUUGCCAAGCGCAUGGCCGAGACAUAUAAAGAAGCCGCCAUGUCCAUUACCAUCACGACGCUCACCAACGUGCUGGGCUUCUACAUCGGCCUCACGAGUGACUUCGCCUCUGUCCAGAUCUUCUGCUUGUACACCAGCACGGCCAUUAUAUUCUGCUUCCUGUACAACAUCACCUUCUUUGGAGGCUUCCUGGCCCUCAACGGGAGGCGAGAAGCUGGGAACCGUCACUGGCUGACCUGCUUGAAGAUCCCAUUCGAGAACCCGGAGGGUAAAUCCAAGGCGUACGCUCUCUGCUGUACAGGCGGAGACUUUGACCGGCAGACCGGCACUGAGCAUGAACAGCCAGUUAAUCAUUUCUUCAAAAAGUUCUACGGCCCCUUUCUUACCAAGACGCCAACCAAGGUGGGUGUGAUAAUCCUGUAUCUGGGGUAUCUGGCUGCUGGGAUUUACGGCUGCUUACUUUUGAAACAGGGGAUCGAAAUGAAGCAUCUUGCAGCAGACGACUCGUAUGUAAUCGAGUUUUACGAUGACGAGAACAAGUACUUUUCCAAUUUCGGCCCGAACGUGAUGGUGGUAGUGACGGAGAAGUUUCCGUACUGGGAUAAAUGCAGGAGAUCUGAGCUAGACCGCUGCAUGGAAGACUUCAGGAAGCUCAGUUUUGUCGACUCAGAUCUGUAUACCUCUUGGCUCGACUCUUACGUGAAGUUUGCUGAAAACGCAGGACAAGACGUAAACAACGAGACGGUUUUCAAAACCAAUCUGCCAGACUUCUUCAAACGUGCCCCUGAUUUCGAGCAAGAUGUGAACAUCGUAAACGGGACAAUCGUGGCCUCUCGGGUUUUUGUCCAGACUAUAGACAUCAUCAACGCGUCGAUGGAGAUAACGAUGUUUAAUGAUCUCAAAAGCACAGCUGAUUACUGUAGAGCGGCAAAACUCCUGGUGUACCAUCCCAUGUUCAUCUACUUGGAUCAAUACACGGUGAUAGUGAGCAGCACAAUUCAGAACGUGGCUGUCACUGCAGCGGUCAUGCUGGUCAUCUCACUUGUCUUGAUCCCCAAUCCCCUGUGCUCUCUCUGGGUCACAUUCUCCAUCGGUUCGGUCAUCACCGGGGUCUCAGGUUUCAUGGCGUUAUGGAAAGUCAAUCUAGACUCCAUUUCCAUGAUAAUUCUGGUCGUGUGUAUUGGUUUCACUGUAGACUUUUCGGCCCAUAUUUCCUACUCCUUCGUCUCGAGUAAGAAGGAAACGGCAAACGAGCGAGCUAUCGAUGCCUUGUUCUGUUUGGGGUAUCCCAUACUGCAAGGCGCUUUGUCCACCAUAAUCGGCGUCUUGGUGUUAGCUGCUUCCAAGAACCACAUCUUUCGAACCUUCUUUAAAAUCAUGUUUCUUGUCAUGGUGUUCGGGUUGCUGCACGGCAUCUUGUUCAUCCCGGUCUUCCUCACGUUGUUCUCCUGCAACUCCAAACAAAAGAAGGACAAAUACAACCAGGAAUUCUUGCGACAGAGUAUGAGGACAAGACAGACUCAUGUAUAUGUCACUCAAAAUUCAAACCUAUGGUCAGGAAGAUCGCUGGACCCUGACUGUCCGUGA